GCUGCUGGUUAUGCUUCAUACCCCAUGGACACUGUCAGACGUCGUCUGCAGAUGCAGUCAGAUAAGCCCAAGGCCGAGUGGAUGUACAGGGGAACCAUUGACUGCUUCGGUAAGGUUAUCAAAAACGAGGGUGCUGCCGCUCUUUUCAAGGGAGCUGGUGCCAAUGCCCUGCGAACUGUAGGUUCUGCUAUGGUGCUUGUGCUAUACGACCAAAUCAAACUUCUCACGGAGUAGAUACUUAAAACUGUAUAUAGCAGCCUUGUUGUACGAGGUUGCGUUAUAAAGCAAUGAAUAAUCAUAUACCAAUUUGUGAUAUUUACUUUUUAAGUUUUUUUAACUAUGAAGCUCCGUAGCAAUAGUUGCGAACGAGCUUAGCACAGUUUGGAUUCGGAACACUGAGAUUGUGUAUGUUAGCAAUUUCAUGAAGGAGUUUGGAAAUAAAUCGAAAUCGAUCUGG